AUGGUUGAUUUCAACAAAAAAAUGAAAUCAUUAAAAAACUUUGAUUUUGAUAUUUCUGUUUAGAAGAAGUAGGUGCAAAUCUUGGAUAUGAUAUUUUAGCAGAUCCUGUUGAAUUAAUGGAAAUGA